UUCCCUUCUUCGUCUUCUCGGAUAUAAUCCCAAAUCUGCUCUCCUCGUUGUUGUUUUUUUCUUUCUCGGAUGGCAAUGGGGGUCGAAAGCAGAAUGGAUUUGCUCAGUGAAAGAGCUUUGAUGAUGAGAGAAUCUCUUCAGAGGAGCCAAACCAUCACCGACAACGUCGUCUCCAUCCUGGGCUCCUUCGACAGCCGCCUCUCUGCUCUAGAAACCGCCAUGCGUCCCACUCAGAUUCGCACUCAUUCCAUAAGGAAAGCUCAUGAGAAUAUCGAUCGGACCCUCAAGUCUGCUGAGGGUAUAUUGGCUCAAUUUGAUCUUCUUCGCCAGGCAGAGACAAAAAUUCUCAAGGGUCCACACGAGGACCUGGAAAGUUAUCUAGAUGCAAUAGCUCAACUCAGAAAAAGUAUUCGUUAUUUUAGCAGCAAUAAGACCUUCAAAAGUAGUGAUGGAGUCCUGAACCAUGCAAAUGGCUUGCUUGCUAAAGCACAGUCAAAGCUGGAAGAGGAGUUUAAGCAGCUCUUAGCUUCUUACAGUAAAGCUGUGGAGCCUGAUCAGCUUUUUGAUGGCCUUCCGAAUUCACUGAGACCAUCCUCAGAUCAGGAUGGAGGCGGCAAAACUUCCCAUUCCCACACUGAUCAUCAUAACAAUGACUCAGAGACUGCUUCUUACACACUUCCAACUCUCAUUCCCCCGAGGGUUUUGCCGCUUCUGCAUGAUCUAGCUCAACAAAUGGUUCAAGCUGGUCACCAACAGCAAUUGCUAAAAAUAUAUAAAGAAACACGCUCGACUGUUCUUGAGGAAAGCCUACGGAAACUUGGAGUUGAAAAGCUUAGCAAGGAGGAUGUUCAAAGGAUGCAGUGGGAAGUUUUGGAGGCCAAAAUUGGAAAUUGGAUCCAUUUCAUGCGCAUUGCUGUGAAAUUACUCUUUGCUGGAGAAAGAAAAGUGUGUGACCAGAUAUUUGGAGGCUUUGAUUCUCUCAGUGAUCAGUGUUUUGCAGAUGUUACAGCAAACAGUGUUUCAAUGCUUCUUAGUUUUGGGGAUGCUAUAGCAAGGAGCAAGAGAUCCCCAGAGAAGUUGUUUGUACUUUUAGACAUGUAUGAGAUAAUGCGAGAGCUUCACUCUGAGAUGGAAGCAAUUUUCAAAGGUAAGGCUUGCGUUGAAAUUAGAGAUUCUGCUAUGGGCUUGACAAAGCGGCUGGCACAGACAGCUCAGGAAACAUUUGGUGAUUUCGAAGAAGCUGUUGAAAAAGAUGCUACUAAGACUGCAGUUCUAGAUGGGACUGUCCAUCCAUUAACAAGCUAUGUCAUCAAUUACGUGAAGUUCUUAUUUGACUACCAGUCGACGUUGAAGCAGCUCUUCCAGGAAUACGGGAACGGAGAUGACUCAAAUUCUCAGUUAGCUUCUGUAACGAUGCGGAUUAUGCAAGCCCUCCAGAACAAUUUGGAUGGGAAAUCCAAACAGUACAGAGAUCCUGCAUUGACACACUUGUUCCUCAUGAACAACAUCCAUUACAUGGUUAGAUCUGUGCGCAGGUCAGAAGCCAAGGAUUUGUUAGGGGAUGACUGGGUUCAACGGCAUAGGCGUAUUGUCCAACAGCAUGCAAACCAAUACAAAAGGAUCGCUUGGACAAAGAUUUUGCAAUGCCUAUCUGCUCAAGGGUUAACCUCAUCCGGUGGAGGAGGCAGUUCAGUGGGCGGUGAUGGAGGAAACAGCAGCGGAGCUUCGAGAGGGUUGAUAAAAGAGAGGUUCAAGAUGUUCAACAUGCAAUUCGAAGAGCUCCAUCAAAGGCAGUCUCAAUGGACGGUCCCGGACACCGAGUUAAGAGAGUCCCUGAGGCUUGCAGUCGCUGAAGUAUUGUUACCUGCUUAUCGAUCAUUCGCCAAACGUUUCGGGCCGCUGGUCGAGAGCGGGAAAACCUCGCAGAAAUACAUAAGAUACACUGCUGAGGAUCUGGAAAGAUUGCUGGGAGAGUUCUUUGAAGGAAAGACAGUGACUGAACCAAAAAGAUAAAUCUCAUCAUGAAAAUGAAGAUGAAACCCUUCUCUGUAUGUAUCCACCCCCCUUCUCGCAUCUGUAUUCGUUAUGACCUUCCGAGUUCUGUCUCUGUAGCUUCUGAUUUGCUUUUUCCGACCGUGUUGUUUUUCGUGGCUUUGGAUGAACAAGAAAAGUGGUGUUACGAGAUUGUGUUCGGUAUGCGUGGCAUAUUACAACAUGGUUGUUUCAUCUGGUUUUGGCCAUUC